AUGGUCAAUAUAACUACAAUUACCAAUAGCAAUAUUCCUCCGCGUGUUGUGAAGUCCUGCAACCGUCUGGUGGUUCCCCGAGACUUGAAAAGAUUCCGCAACCAAUCUCCCAAAAGUUCCUGCCCAAAUCUGUCACACGGGGACCCGGCUCCUACCGCCCGGGCCCGGGCCGCGGCGGGGCGGGCGCGCUGCGACCCGCGCUCGGCGGGACCCGCUCGGCCAGGGCUGCCGCCUCCCGCCGGGCCGGCCGGGUGCGCGCGGGGCCGGCCGGGAGCGGCAGGCGCGGGCGCGCCGCGGGGCACGCUGGGAAGUGGAGUCUCCCAGCGACAGGGCCCACUGUGCCGUCAGCGCCGGGGAACAAACGUCUCCGGGAAGCUGCAGCUGAAGGAGUAUCAGCAGAAGAAGAGCCCUGGAGCAGCUGCAGCAAGUAAGGAAAACUGCAAAACUAAAGGAGACGGUCGACCUGAGACUCCCCCGGGCGAUGACCAGCAGCCUCCAGAGAACAUUCAGAACAUUCUGAAGGUGCCGGUGUCGGACCUGAAGCGCUCCAAUGGGGUAGCCAUACCCUCAUUGGACAGGAGGAAGAAAGAGCAGAGCCAGGAGGCAGUGGAUCAGCUGGAGAAGGAAAAGAAGGAGUUGGAAAAGAAAUUUUCUGAAGAGCAAGCCGCGCUGAGGGAACAGCUACGGGUUUGUAUCCAGACUAUUGGAAUUCUAGCUUCUGAGAAGCCUGAGUUGCAGGCGGCCCUUGCACAUACUCGAGAAGCUGCAGGGAAGAAAUCAGGAGAAGCCGAGAGCCUUGCUGCUCGUUUACGUUCAUCUCACCAGAGGGUAGUGGAGCUGGAACGUACUUUGGCCUCCAUCUCUCUGCAGCAGAAACAGGCAGAGAAGCGUAACGAAGAGUUAAUGAAGGAGCUAGAAGACCUGAAACAGGAGCUGUACAAACAAAGCAAAUGUAGGUUUACUGUGGAACAUCCAGACCUUUGA